AUGCAUAGUAAAUAUAACCACCACAAACGCGACCUCAACGUUUCCAAUCUUUUUGGAGGCGGGAAGAGUCAGCCCGCCGAGUCCGCUGCUUCCACGGCCGACCCGACAAGCAGUGCUGCAGACAAUGGCGGUCUUCUAGGUGCUCUCAGCUCGCUAUUCAAUCGACCAGCCCCAGCAUCCUCUUCCGUAGUGAGCGAAACCACUACUAGUCCCCCAACUGUGACCACAACUCCACCACCGGCGCCUCCACCACCACCUCCCACCCAUUCAGAUACCCUUGGACCAGUUACCCGCACAGUAUUUUCAACAGAAAACUUCAUAGCCUCUUCGUCUUCUGCAUCUGCUUCGGCCUCUUCUGAACCCGACACAACCUCUGCUGUUCAAACUUCCAAAGUUGCCGCUGCCAUCGUCGGCUCAUUGGCAGGCAUACUGGGAAUUGCAAUGGUGGUCGCUUUCUUUUUGCGUCGUUGGAACCGCCGCCAACGCCGAUUGGCACGCGAGUCUAUCAACUUUUUCCCUGAGGAGACACCAAAUCGCAAAUCGGCCCUUCCAUUCUCAGCUCAAGCAUUAUCACCAGAGCCGAAAGAAGCUUAUAGCGAUACUGCCAGUGUCUCAUACCAGUAUCGAGCUGCCACACCCGUAUACCCCCAGGAGCCUGUCUACCAGCCAGUCCAACAACCAGUCUAUUCAGCUUUUCCUGCGACUGAUUCUCAGAGGGUGAUGGAGGACUAUCAGGUUCGCAACGCGGCUUAUGGUGGAGUUCACUGA